AUGCCGAAAUCAAGUACAAGUCAACGAAAAAAUAAAAGUAGGACAUGUGAACGUUCUCCGAGCCCUGGGCUGCUCCAACAACUCCAGGCGAUUGUUUCUCGUCUGAAUGUGUUGGAAGACAAUUCCAGGUUAGGUUCAACUAGUGUGGCUACCAUUGGCGGGCAGCCCGUAGUGGAGUCGCCGGGUCCGGCGGUUGGCACCAUAGUGUCGCGUGCACCAUCUACAUCGCGAACGACGUGUGUGACGCCUCCACUGCCGUCUGUGCACGCUUCGCAGGUCUCCGCCAAUGAUAGCGCUGCUAUUGAGGUAGCCGACAAGAUUGUAAGUGCAAUCAAUGGACUAAUUCCGGUAAGCGAUGGUGUGACGCCCGUUAUCCGUUCAGUUGUGCGUGAUGUGGCCCUUGAAGGAACAAGUGGCAAUCGCGAGGCCUUACGUGAGCUGGCCAGACAAAGAGCAUCUCAAUUGCUGGAUCAAAACAGAAAACAGCAAGACACUCGAGUAAAUGAACGGCGCAAGCCCCCACAUGUUUUUCAUGAAAAUGACAUGGUCUUCGUACAUAAGAACAGUCAAUCUGUGGGCAAACUUGACUCUGGCAUGCGCGGUCCGUACAAAGUUGUGCGCGCAUUGCCUCAUGGUCGAUACGAGCUGAAGCUUAUUUCUGGCUCACUCGGGAAGACCACAGAAGCUGCUGCUGAGCAUAUAAGUGCUUGGCACGGAGAAUGGACACCAGAUGUGUGCGCCGUAUUCUUCGAGUGUGAUGAGAAUGAGAGCUGCUCUGACGAUAGCAUCAUCGCUGGCCCGUCGCACCUACGUGACGUCACCAUAGCUGAAAGAGCGGGCGAGGGCGCUCCGCCGUCAGGAGAGGCCGUGUUAGCGGAGAAUGCUCAAGAA